AUGCCUGCCGGAAAAGCCGUUCCUGCCCACCACGAAGCUGGAAAGGUCAAAGGAGCCGUCGAUGAGAUUAUCACGGGCUCGCUCAUCGGAGGCGUCCAGGGCGCCGUUUUCGGCGCAGCCUCGCACUUUCUCGCCAAAAUGUACUGGCCCCACUACGGCAAGCUGACCAAGCAGUUCAAGCUCUUUUUGCAGCUCUCUUGUGUCAUCACAGGCGGAGUGUACGCUGCCGACAAACGUCUCAUUCGGUACGAACACAAGUUGCGAAUAGACCAGCGGAAUCUCAUUGCCGAGCGGGCCGCUGCUGCCGAGGCUCGAGGCGAGUACAUUGACCACGAUGGCCACGUCAGAGACUCUUCCGGAAAGGUGAUUCGAAAGUGA